ACAUGGCACGUGAUUGUCAGCUGCGUUAUGUUUGUUUCGUUUAAGAAUGGUUUUCAUGUUUACUAACACCAGAGGGAUUUCAGUUUUCUGAGUUCCCCUAAAGCUUACACAGGAGACAUUAGUUCGUAUAGGUUAUCGCGCAGUCUAGGCAGUGUCAGGUUUCUGAAUAAAUAUAUAUAAACAGAUGUUGCAGUGUAUAGUUGUGUUAUAAAACGUUAGAUCAUGUUAAGCAGGCCUGAAGCGCGUGCACAGAGUGCAUUAGAAGUUGUUCUCGUACCUGACAGUGGAUUAUGUCGAGACGUCGAGCUGAGUGUUAAAGCCGGAAUGGCCGCUGGCUGUUCACUGCUUUGCUGUCUGAAUGUUGACGGGAAACUGAUGCUCCGUGAUGUUUCUCUACCUGGCAGUCCGGUGCACGUGCUUCAGGACUCAUACACAGACUUUCUCUGGGAGGUGUCCACUGAGCAAAAUAAAUUCGACAAACCCAGACUCCUGACUAUGACACCAGGCUGUAAUCUUAGACUUCAUGAGAUUCAUUCAGAAAGGCAACCGACCUCAGUGUCCGAGUGUGCUACAGACCGACUCCUGCAGCUUGUCAGUAAGGAAUUAAAUGGGAGUAAGCUGGCCUCUACAAAACUGCUGUCAUUCAUGGACGGCCUCUGUCACUUCCUGCUGAACGGAUGUGUCCUGGUACAUCUUCAGUGGCAGGAGGGCUCUGCUGAGCCAGAGUUGCUGUCUUCUUGUGUCCUCAGCCUGCCUUCUGAAACUCAGGAAAUGUUCACUGACUACCAGAUCUGCAAAGGCAUUUUAUUUAUCCUAACCAGCCCUGGGUUCAUAUAUGUCUUUGACAGUGCAGAUGGGAAGCACCUUGCUACAGUGGAUCUCGCUGCUUACUACAUAUCAGGACCGAGAGAUGCAGAGCUUGUGGAAUCUCUCGCUUCCUUCUGCCUUCUCCACAUCUCACAAGACCUCAGCAUAGCUGUGGCUGCCACCAGACAAAACCAAGCACUGGCAGUUGAUCUCAAUGAUUAUUUCAGGAUUCACAUAAAUCACUUGCACUGUCAGCAGGACCCCAGACCUCUUCCUCUCAUACCCACAAAACCUUGUGAUCAGGACAGCGUUGCUAACUCAACUUACAGUCAGUCUGUACUGGGUACCCACUUCCAAACCGAUCACUCAUGGGAGGCAAGGCUGGCAUUGCUCUAUAAGCAAGCUAAAGCUCCAGUUCCUCCAACUCUACAGCUGCCGUGGUACAAAGACCUCCCUCGCGUUGAGUGCCGUCAAGCAGCGGCCACCGCCAAACUCAGUCAGUCCAUUCUAUCACCAGGGGGUGCUGUAAUGUCUUUCAGUCUGCCUGAACGGACCACACCAACCGUGUUGACUGUCUCCGGAUUUUCAGCAGUGCUUAGCUUUACCUCAGCUGGUAACAGCAGCACAACCCUGGCCUACUGGGACCUGGAAACUCAGAGUGUUACAUAUCAUUAUAUCGAUGUUCCAGCUUUGCCUGUUUGCUGGUCAGAAGAGGAACACCUCUCUCUGAUUCUGAAAGCAUCAGGCAUGUCUCUAGUGCUGUUCACGGUUUCUCAAGAGGAGCUGCUGAACAGAUUGAUGGUGUUUGGAAGUGCUGGGAUGGUGGACUCACUGUGCCAUCGUAAUGCUUGGGGACGCUGUUCAAUUCCUAUCCAUUCGCUGCAGGCAGGACUAAAGAACCGGCAGCUGGACAUGGUGGAUUUCUUCCUGAAGAGUAAGGAGAACAUUCUCUUCCCACCCAGGAGCUACAGUCUGCCUGAGCACUCAGCCACCGCUACACAGAUACAGCUGAAAAAUGUUCAGGAUCUAUGUCCAGCAUUGGAUCUGCUUCAGUCUGCUAUCCGAGACACAAACAUCGAGGCUCAGAGUCGGCAGUUCUGCGAGCAGCUGCUCAGCAUGACGCUAAACUUCCUCAAUACACAAAUCAGAGUCAUCCUAACCAGCUCUCCAGAGCUGGAUGCUAACUUGCACGAGUGUGUGAAGGUUUUGAAUGGAUAUAUCUCUGAACUGCGUACCUAUUUGAGGAGGUACCCAUGGCUGGAAGGGGGUGAGAGUCAGACUCCUGCCUCACAUGCUGCCUCUGCCUCUGAUACCACCAUUGAGAAUGAGUGGGAAACAUGCUCCAUUGAGGAGGUUGUCCAACAUGCAGUUUUAAACAGGGAGCUCCCACGUGCACAGGCUUAUCUCCGCAGGCGUAACUGUCCAGAGCAGAAGCUGGAGGAACUGAAGAAAACAGGCCUGAGACUGGCCUUCACUUGUCUCACACACCGAGACCUGCAGCAGGCCACAACACUGCUCACUAACAUGGGAUUUAAUGUGAAAGAGCAGCUCCACAAUAUCUGUGUUUACACGGCUGACCGAGACCUCAGGGCUUUUAUGGUAGAGGAGUUGAAAAGACUUAAUCAUCUCUCCACUGAGGACUUGAAAAAAGUGGAGUUCAUUAAACAGAUUGAAAAUUUGUGCUCCAGACCAGCAACAAGAUGUUCAAAGACUUUUGACAAGAAAAGGGUUCUUCAGAAAAGCCAGUCGGAAGCUGAGAGCAGAAACCUGCUACAGGAGAUAUUGCAUGAACCUGUGUCUUGCUCUAUCCAGUCUCUGGUCGGCUCAGUGCGUCUGGACUGGGUCAGGCACUGGGACGAUGAUGCACAGGAAUCUGUGCUGCUCUCCCGACUCCCAGACCACUUGUUGGGCUCACAUGAUCCAGCUGUGCUGUGGUCCUACCUCACGUCCCUACAUGACCAGGACAGAGUUACUGCAUGGCUUACACACACAGCCACACAAGACAGCGAGAACACUGCUGCCUCCAAGUGGCCUGCGCUCACUGCUGCUGUUGUGGAUGGAAACACCUACUGUAGUGAUUAUAUGAAAGACCAAAUUCUGGACAUGCUUGCCAGACAAGAAGUGUUUGUGCAGUCCGAGAUGUCUGACUUUGAGCAGCUGCUGUGGAGGUUAGGGCAGGCCAGAGGUGUUAUGCGAGACAUCAAUGGCCCUCCUGUCCCACAAUUCCAUACUUCCAAAGGACAGGAUUUCCACACAUGCUUUAUUCAGCAUUGUCUUGAGAACAACCUACAUUAUCUGCUCUAUACCUACCUGCAGCAUUACAGAUUGACUCCCAGUAACUGCCCUGCAGUUGGAGAUAGAGAUUUAUACGAGAGUCACCCCUGGUUUGAGAUGAUGGUCAAAAUGCAGAGCAUUACAAGAGAUCUCAAAAAUCCAGAGCGAGUGUUUCAGGCGAGUCUGACAAGUGCACAGGUGCUGUUACCAGGCAGUCAGGCUAGUGUUAGCAGCAUGCUGCUGGAGGGACACAGCCUUCUUGCUCUCUCCACUAUAAUGUUUGCACCUGGGGGCAUUGAUCAGGUGGUGACCGAAGGCGAUAAAGGACAGAAUGUCCUAUCUAGAGUGGACCCACAGCUCCUGAGGAUGGCACUGAGUGCAUACCCCAAACUCAAAGCUGCUCUUUUUACCCAGACUGCCCCAAGAGUCACUUCAGUUUGUGAUGUAUCAAUAUACCACCUCAUGCAGUCAUUGCAUCCACUGGAUCCCUCCAGACUGUUUGGGUGGCAGUCUGCUAACACACUAGGCACUGCAGAAACAUCAGCAGAUCUUCCUCAUUUCUCCAGCCCCCACCUGGUUAAUAAUUAUGCACUCAUUGAGAACCUGGACUUUUUAUACUAUCUCCACCAUGGCAGACCUUCCUUUGCAUAUGGGAUUUUCAUUAUUCAGCAUCUGGCCGAUUCCAGUAGUGCCAAGCUACACAUGAGACGGGCAGUGGAAGAGACGUACUCUCUGGGCCUCCUGAAUUUCAGCUCUCCAUCUAUAGCUUCAGCGUGUGUGUGUUUCCUUGAGUUAUUGGGUAUAUGCAGUCUGAAAUUGAGGGUGGACCUUAAGGCUCUCAAUCUUAUCCUCAAGCUCUGGAGUCAGAACUGUGAGGAGAGCAGCAUGGCCUCACUUAAACAGUCUCUGGUGGACAAGGUAAAAAAGGUGGUGGCAGCUGAGAGACAGACUCUAGAGGAAUUACUGUUGCAUCUGGAGGGGGCAGUGAGGGACAGUGUGGAGAGCAGAGGCAUCAGCAGGUCUUCAUAUGAAGCAGGACAGGAGUGGGCUCUCCCUGUUCAGUUUUGCCACCUGCAUGAUUUGCCCCUAAGCACCCAGUACCUGCAAGAGUGUGCCACCGAUGGCCAAUGGCUUAACUUCCUGCUGUUUGUACAGAUCCACCACUACCCUCCACAACAGGUGAGAUAUCUGGCAACCAGCUUCAGCCCAGGUCUGAAGGCUCACCUCUUCCUGGCCUUCCAGGACCUUCAGCUAGUGCAUUCUCAGCAAGCCCUGGAAGGCCAGAGAGACUCCCUGUGCCCAUUGAUGAAAGAGGAAAGCUUGGGAUUCCCUAAGGAUCUGUUCCAGUUCCUGUUUCAUAGCCAGGAGCAGCCUAGCCCCUGGCAGUACCUGCUGGCUGAAGCUGUUACACUGCACAGUCCACCCCUUACAGUGCUGGCUGCUUGUCACCAGGAUGCGGAGCUACUUCAAUGCCUGUGUGUAUGGAUCCUGACCUCUGUCGAUGAUGACACUGCCCAGGAAGCUACCUCCCAUAUCAACGAAAGUCCUGGCCACCACAUAUGGAACCUUUAUGACCUGUCAGUCUUAUGGAAGACCCUCUUACAGAAGUGCAAGAUCAGACCUCUGCUUCAUGGCUUCCAGCUGUUUCAGACGGAAUCUCCCCUGAUCCACAUGUUGCAGAUGUAUGAGCUCUGCUAUGACUACAAAAACUACCAAGGGGCUAAAGACAAGUUACUGGAGUUCCAGAAAUAUCUGCUUAAUCUGAGGAACAGUGGUAGUAUCCUGGGUUCGGAGUGUCUCCCAGUUCAGUGGGUGGAAGCUCAGGCCUCUGUGCUGCUCAUCACUCUGUUGCAGCAAUGCGGGACACAGUAUGAGCUGUGCAGGCUGCUGCAGCUACUAGCUGAUAUGGAGCGUAUGCUUAAAUCUAAUGGUCCUGACUUUAAAAAGCUGAGCCUGUUGAGCCAAAUCCUGGCUGACACACCAGUGCCUCUGUCCCCAUGCCUUCUGGAGAACUGUACCACUAAGAGCCUGCAGAGAGAGUGCCAGAGGAUGCUUGAGGAGCUGCAGGACCUUGGUCUCUUCCCUCAGGCCAGGAAAGUGGCUGAGCUGGCAGGGCUGCCCAUUGACCACCUGAUAAUAAAUGAGCUGUUGAGGGAUUUGAAGGUGUUAAAGACGACACGUCAGUGGGACAGACAGGAGACUCAUCUGGCCUUCUGGAGGAAAUGUCAAGAGCAGUUUAAGGCAGACUGCAUUGGAGCAGAGUCAGCCUACCAGUUUUUUCUGUCCCAGGCUGAGGAUCCUGUGCAGAGAGCCACAGAGCUCCUUCAGGUUCAGGAGCGAUGCCUUCUGUUGGCUUUAGCUGCUCAUUGGCUUUGCCAGCACAGCCCCCCUGCAUUGGAACGUUUAGCGGAGCUGGAGAAGCGCCAAUGGGAGUGGCGCAUCCGCCGGAUGGUCCUCACCACAGCCCUGGAGCAGCAGAGCCUGUUCACUCCAGCCACUGGACCAAAUGCUAUUGACAGUCUCCUCAAAGAAUACUCCUUUUCCAAAAUGGCCAUCCUGGACGAUCGAGCAUAUUUGAACAUUGAGGGUCUUCCAACGACAGACGAAGCUUGCUUGCUAGAGGAGGAGGAGGAGCGAAAGGCACUGUCCACUCUCAUUGGUCAACUGUUAGACGAGGGGAGUGUUCAUGAAGCGAGUCGAGUGUGUCGAUAUUUUGAGCUGCAGCACAGAGAUGUCCGGCUGGUGUUGCAGUGUCGGGGUUUGGCCUGUGGAGAAAUCCAGCCAGGACUGCAGGAGCUUCUCAGCUCUGACCAAGAGUCCAGGAGAAGCUUACCCAGCUGCUCCAGCACAGGAAGUCUGUCCUCUUUUGUGGUGGUUUCCUCCCCUGAAGACCAGGCUCUCUCCCAGCUUCAGCUUCUAGUGGACCAGUGUCGUCACGGCAAGAGCUACUGCAAGCAGGUCCUCAGCCUGUACGAGCUCUCCAAGGAGCUGCAUUGUCCCUACAGUGAGAUCUCCUCUGAAGAGCCUGGGGAAGUGCUACGGAAAGUUCUUCUGUCCCAGCAGCCUGAGCGCUAUAAGAAAGCACAGGCUUUUAUUAGUGUGCAGGGCUUACAGCCUGACUCUGUAGCACAGCUCAUCACCUCCACAGUGUUUGAUGACCUACUGGCCUCCUCACAGGACAGAGAGAUGGCAGAGCGGCAUGUAUACAGUCCAUCUGAAGGCAAAGAGGCCUUCUUGCAACUGGCUAAACUGUGCGGUGACCCCAACUUGGUGGGCAUUAAGUUAUUGGACAUCAUCCCUACAGUACCUCUGGCAGAACUGGGAUGCACUGUGGAGCUGCUUAUCCUGGCACAUGACUGCUUCAGUCUCACCUGUAACAUGGAGGGCAUUGUCAAGGUCUUGCAAGCAGCCAGACACCUCAGCCACACACAUCUGGCCCAUGGGGAGAGAUAUGGGCUGCUGGUCCGAUUAUUGACUGGUAUCGGAAGAUACAAUGAAAUGACGUACAUCUUUGACCUUCUCAACCAGAACCAUCGUUUCGAGAUGCUGCUGAGAAAGAAAGUGGAGUCGAACACUAGAUUAAAGACCGCGCUUCUGGACUACAUUAAGCGCUGUCUGCCGGGGGACAGUGAGAAAUACAACAUGGUGGCUCUUUGUUUCAGCAUGCGCCGAGAGAUCGGAGAGAAUCAUGAAGGAGCUGCUCGAACACAGCUGAAACUUAUCGAGUCCCAGCCAUGGGUAGUUACCCCAGAGCUCAAAAGUGGCUUAGAGAAGGUCCUCUUUUUGCUGAAAGAUGCGGCAGAAAGUUAUUCAAAGGAUUCAUGCAUGCGACAAGCAUUGAGGUGUGUAAAAAUGGCUAAACUCAUCACUCUGCAGCUUCACUUCCUCAAUCAUGGACAGGACCAUCGUGUCGUCAAUCUCCGCCCAUCAGAACUACUCAGUGCCAUGAUUGCACUGCCGCGGUGUUAUCAGUCAUUUGUAGUAGCUGAGGCAUACGACUACAGUCCUGACUGGGCCGAGAUUCUGUAUCAGAAGGUGAUUCUGAAGGGAGAUUUCUCCUACCUGGAAGAGUUUAAGCUGCACAGACCACUUCCAGCGAGCCUGUUUGAAGAAAUCUCUAAAAAACUGUUAGUUAACAAGCUGCCGAGCACUGUGAGUCAGAACCUGAACCUGAAGAAGCUUCUGCAGUGUUGUGAAAACGUCCAUACCCACUACAAACUGGCCUUUGAUCAUAAUUUUGUCGACGUGGCCAACACGCUCCUACAGGACUCCAAAACAAGCAGUUACCUUAACGACCGAUUAAGCAACUGACUAUACCCUUAACACAGUUCAUGUCAACAUUCCUCUACUUUGACUUCGCGUGUAGUGCUUUGAGCCUUGUGCUAUGAUUUUGUGGCAAGCCUAAAAGAACAACAUUUUGUACACAUCUUGCAGUAUUUUCAGCCAUACUAUUCUUUAGAAUUUUUUUCAACUUUUUUUUUUUUUUUUAUUAAUUCUGUAAUGAUUUCAAUGAAAUUAUAGAACUGAUGAUAAAAAAUGUGCAUAUUUCAGAGAUUAAAUCUAACUUUGCUAAUUUA